UAAAGUAAAUGUAUAAUGUUUAUCGACUACAAAGGAACUGGUUCUUUUAGUAUCCCCACUAUUUUUGGCAGUUUACCAAUGCUUUUUAGUUAUAAGAUAUGUCGGUAUUCAAUAUACCUAAUGGGCGAAAAAACGCAGAGAAAAAAAGUGUAUUUGUGGAAAAUAUUGUGGUUGAUAUGUAUACUUUUGAUAAUUGCUUUCAUUAUUCUUUUCAUUUCAUUUUAUCACGGUACAAAAAAUGAUGAUGCUAUUUUAAAAAUACCAUUGAGUACAUCAUCUAAUCCAUUACACAUACGCAGUGUAGCCACUUACAAUGAAACAUACUUAAAAUUAUGUGCUCCAGUAGUCCAAUGUAAUCCGAAUGAGAAAUAUAGGAGUUAUAAUGGUUCUUGCAAUAAUUUAGCUAUACCUACAUACGGAGCAGCACAAACUCCGUAUUUCCGUUUGAUGAACGCAAACUACUCUGAUGGUAUUAACAGUUUCCGUACACAAAAAUAUGGUUUACCUUUGCCUAACAGUAGAAAAUUACAAUUGGACAUAUUUUUGAAUCAAGAAAAAAGACUAAUAGACGAUAAUAACUUAUUUAUUGUACCAUUUGGUCAAAUGAUAGCACAUGAUAUUUCGAGUCUACCUGUAAAAGUAUUACAAGACCCGAAUGGUCAAAUCGUUGAUUGUUGUCCAGUAUCUGAAAUGAUAAAAAAAUACCCAUCUUGUAUUGAGUCGGUUGAAGUUGACAAUGAUGACCCUGUAUAUGGAAAUCAUAACAUAACUUGUAUAGGAAACACCCGAGCAAAGACAUCAGCUGAUUUUGGGUGUUCAUUAACACCGACUACAUUUUUUAAUAAAAAUACACAUUUCCUCGAUGCUUCAGAAGUUUAUGGUUUUAAUGACACAUUGGCACAUAACUUACGAUCUCAUAAAAAUGGCAUGCUAAGAAUAAGCAUUAGGGACGAUGGUCAAGUGUUUUGUCCGAUAGUAUCCAUUAAAUCACGUCCUGAAAUUUCUUCAGACCAAACCGUAGAAUUUGAAACAGGAAAUUCAAGCAAUGAAGGGGAUAUUUCAGAUAGUAAUCAAAAUAUGGGAUUAUCGGUCAUUCAAACUAUGGUAGUGAGGUUUCAUAAUUUUGUAGCGUCAAAAUUAUUAAUUUUGAAUCCUCAAUGGGAUGAUGAAACACUUUAUCAAGAAUCACGUAGGAUCGUUAUAGCUGUAAUUCAACGAAUUGCAUAUGAAGAUUUUUUGCCAAUUGUAAUAGGAGAAGAUUAUCACACUAUGUAUGGAUUUGAAAAUCAAACUGAGUAUGAUCUCACGGUUAAUCCAUCUACUUCGGCAGAAAUGGCAUCAGCCGCUUUUCGAGUUCUUCAUAAUGUUGUACCUAUUGAUUUUAAAUUAAUAAAUGAAAAUUACACUGAAGAAUCAACAUUUAUUAUAACUGAUUGGAUGAGUAAACCUAACUUACUUUUAGCUGAUGAUAACUACGAUAAGUUUAUAAGAGGUUUUUUAGAAACACCAAUGCGUGUGUCACAACCUUCUUAUAAUUUCUUUAUAUCAAAUUACAUAUUUUCAUUUGCCUUCCACCCGAGGUACACAGGUAGUGAUUUACUAUCUUUUGAUAUACAGAGAGGUCGUGAUGCAGGUAUGCAGCCUUAUAAUAUAAUGAGACAUAUUUGUGGAUUACCACUUGCAUCUAAUUUUGAAGACUUACGAGAUGUUAUACAUAUUAAGCAUAUUGAAAAAUUAAAAACACAUUACCAAACAGUUGAUGACAUUGAUCUUAUGGUUGGGUUGCUUUUAGAAAAACCUCAAGAUGACGCUAUUGUAGGUCCUACAGCUAGAUGUAUAAUUGCUGAUAAUUUUUACAGAUCUAAGGUCGGAGAUCGAUUUUUUUAUGAUGUUACGGGUCAACCAGGAAGUUUUUCUUCAGAACAAAUAAAUGAAAUUAAGAAAAUCAGUUUGAGUAGUAUAAUAUGUGCUACUUCCAAUGUGGAUCACGUGCAAAGAGAUACAUUCAAACGCGUCGAUCACGAUUUAUUUAAGUAUAGCAAAUUAUUGUGCAAAGACGAAUACAAUAUUGAUUUUGACCCAUGGAUUGAACGAAGAAGUCAUGGAGAAUUGUAGUUUUAAAAUAUAUGAAAUUUUAUUUGUUUAUUAUUAAAUAUAAAAUUUAAGAUGUUAAUAUUUCAAAAUAUUAGUAGUUUUGUAUAUUUAAAUUUAUAAUUUUGUAAAUAUUGAACAAGGCAAAUCUAUAAUUUUAUGAAAACGAACAAACACAAACGCUUAAAUAUGUAAAAAAAUAGAUCUUUAUAAAGUUCGCCGUGGAAAUACAACAAAAAAUCCAAUAACUUUUGAUAUAAUCAUGUUUUGGACAUUUUUUUUUGUUUAAUAAUCAUUGACUUAUUAGACUAAGUUAAAAACAUAUACUUUAUUAUUUGUCUCUAAUAAGAAAAAAAUUACAAUAUUUUUUAGUUUUAUUAAACUAUCAAAAUUGUGUAAAAAG